UGCCCUCCAUGCCAGGGGGAUGAAGACGCUGCUGCCAUGGACAGCCCGUGCCAGCCCCAAUCCCUGAGUCAGGCUCUCCCUCAGUUGCCGGGUUCUGUGUCAGAGCCUUUGGAGCCUGGCCGGUCCAGGAUGGGGGUGGAGAGCUACCUGCCAUGUCCCCUGCUACCCUCCUACCACCGUCCAGGAGCACCUGCUGAGGCCUCAGCAGGCAGUGGGAUCCCCAGAGCCUCAGCCACUUCCACCUCAGCCAGCACCCUGCUGGAGGGCUUUGGUGGGCAGGGUGGUGGCGAGCUGCAGCCACUGCAGAGUGAGGGUGCUGCGGCACUGGUCACUAAGGGGUGCCAGCGACUAGCAGCUCAGGGCGCACGGCCUGAGGCCCCCAAGCGGAAAUGGGCAGAGGAUGGUGGGGAUGCCCCCGCACCCAGCAAGCGGCCCUGGGCCAGGCAGGAGAACCAGGAGGCAGAGGGGGAGGGUGCCUGGGCUGCAGCACUGGCGAUAGCCAUGGACCAUGGUGAGGCCAGUGACCGCGUGACGUGAAGCAGAUAGCAAAUUCUAAAGCGCCUGGCUCAGGACAAUAUCGUGCCCUGCUUGCGGUACUAUGGCAUCUGUGUCAAGGACAGCUUCCUGGGGGCGGCACUGGGUAGCCGAGUGUUGGCUGAGGUAGAGGCCCUGAAGCGGGGCGGGCGCCUGCGUGAUGGGCAGCUGGUGAGCCAGCGGGCUAUCCCACCACGCAGCAUCCGUGGGGACCAGAUCGCCUGGGUGGAAGGCCACGAGCCAGGCUGCCGGAGCAUCGGGGCCCUCAUGGCCCACGUGGACACUGUGAUCCGGCACUGCACUGGGCGGCUGGGCAACUACGUCAUCAAUGGGCGCACCAAGGCCAUGGUGGCGUGUUAUCCAGGCAAUGGGCUGGGGUACGUGAGGCACGUUGACAAUCCCCACGGUGAUGGGCGCUGCAUCACAUGUAUCUAUUACCUGAAUCAGAACUGGGACAUCAAGGUGCAUGGCGGCCUGCUGCAGAUCUUCCCUGAGGGCCGGCCUGUGGUAGCCAACAUUGAGCCACUCUUUGACCGGCUGCUUAUUUUCUGGUCUGACCGGCGGAACCCCCACGAGGUGAAACCAGCCUAUGCCACCAGGUACGCCAUCACUGUCUGGUAUUUUGAUGCCAAGGAGCGAGCUGCAGCCAAAGACAAGUAUCAGCUAGCAUCGGGACAGAAAGGUGUUCAAGUACCUGUAUCUCAGCCGACUACGCCCACCUAGUGGCCAACCCCAGAGCUGCAUGGACAGACAACUUGCCUUGAUUUCAGGAGAGCCCUGGGCUGGUGCUGCCUGGCCAGCGGCCUACCAGUCUCGGGGCCUGCUCCUACCCCGCCACCGCUGCUGCUUCCGACUUUGCCUAUGUCCUGCCUGGUGUGGAGGGUUCCCUUAGUUGCUGAGGACCAAGGAGGGGAGAGACCUGUGCUGCCCUGUGAUGGGAGCUGGGGUUGUGGCCUGGGCAGGGGCCAGUACCGGGGGGCUACCUUUACUGGAGCUGGGGGCCUGUGUCUUGCCCUGUCUAGUCGUGCCCCUCUCAGGUGUGGAGAGCUGGAAGGGGGCAUUAUCAUCUCCCACCAGGAUGCAGAAUUUGGGAUUGAGGUGAGUCAUGGCCUCUUGCUGGCAAAGGUUUGUAGGGGGAGUACCUGCAAGCCCCCGCACUCCUCCAGCUUAGAAUGUGAAAUGACUCCCAACCCUCUUGGCCAUGGCACCCUUUGGACUAGGCUGCCGCUGCUUGGGCAGGUAAAAGGUGCUGGGAGGAGUAUGGGUGUGAAAGUCCUGUCAGCCAAGAAAUAAAAGUUUACCUCAGAGCUGCACA